UAAGUAUUCAAAACCCAAACCCUAAUCUCAAUGUUAAUUUCCGCAUUUUGAUUUUAUUCAAGACUAGCUAAUACACUUUUCAAUUCCCACAUUUUGUAGCACAAAUUUUGCAAACAAUCACUCUUCCAGAUAAGUUAUGUCACAAGCCAUAGGUCAUGGAGUCAGCAGUCUAACAUUUCUAUUGCCAGUAACAUGUAAAGCAAAGUCAAGAACAAGCUCCAAGGGAAAGUUCAAACCUGUAAAGAUUGUGGAUAGAGAAGAGGCUAAGCUGCAGAAAGAUGGUGGGUUUGGAGAUAAGAAGAAGGACCCAUUGUGGCAGUGUAUUCAAGGAUGUGGGGCCUGCUGUAAGCUUGAAAAGGGUCCCACUUUUGCAACCCCUGAAGAGAUUUUUGAUAAUCCUUCUGAUAUUGAGCUUUACAAAAGUUUGGUAGGUGCAGAUGGAUGGUGCAUAAACUUUGAUAAGAGCACUAGGACAUGCUCUAUAUAUGAUGAUCGGCCAUAUUUCUGUCGCGCUGAGCCAGAUGUUUUCCAGAAUUUGUAUGGAAUCAAUAAGAGAAAAUUCAACAAGGAGGCUUGCAGUUUUUGUAAAAAUACAAUAAAAGCAAUCUAUGGUGUUGAUUCGGAAGAGUUAGAUAAGUUCAACAAGGCUAUCAGAAGCUGAGGCGCGUAUGCUGGCUUGAGCGAUGUUGUAUGUCUAAUGACAAGGAACAAAGGCAAUUUCACGACUGUCAAAGUGUACAAACGAUGAGUAUAACUGUAUAAGGAAAGUCGAGUUUGUAUGAGUGGAGCUUGCUCUUUACCGGUAUAAACCCAGAUUUUCUGCUAGAGAAAGAUCUUAGUAAAUAACAGUUAUUUGUGAAGUUAACAAAUCAUCCUUUUGUGGUAAGAUUUUAUAGAGUGAGAGUUUUGUUAUUUUAAUUUAUUUUUUAAUUUUGUUUAUUUUAUUAUUAAUUUUUUUUGUCUUUUUAUGGUAAUUUACAAAUCACGGUGAUUUUAUUAAGAAUUUUUGACUUAUGAAAUUAAAAAUCAAGUAUCUUUAGCUUAACCAGAUCAUUGUAAAAAGAUCCCCUUAGUGUAAUUAAAGCAUUGUUUUUCCGAUUAGUCUUCUGAAAGGCUCUCUCUGAAAGACGUUUCUCAAAUUCGACCCAUUAAAACUUAAUUAAAUUAAAAAAUAAUAAUGGGCUGACUAAUUUAGGAAUGGUCUCUUAAAUAGAUUAUCUCUCACAAGAAUUUGUAUUGUUUUUUUGGGUCUGAAGAUGUACUGAAGUGAUACAAUAUAAAUUAUAUUUUUUGAUACUAUAAUAAAAGUUGUUUACUAGAUUAACAUCGAAGAAAAUAUUGUAUUGUUGAUGUUUUAACUAAACUUGUUUCUCCAUCAUACUUUGAUAGUCAUAUUUGAUCUUGAGGAUUGAGUAUGAAAAUUUAUGUGUUUAGGUUGUUUAAUUUAUGUUUACAAUUGUAAAGUCACUAAAAAUCCUUUAGCCUUAUAUCAUAUUUAUUAUUUGAAGUUAAUUAUCUAAUUUAGAUAUAGUAUUAAAUAAAAAAUGUUCAAAUAAUUUAUACAUUUUUCUCGAGUCUUUUGUAAUUUGUUUAAGACUAGUAUUUCUUUAUUACCAUCAUAAUUUUGAUUUGACUUUGGUAAUAUCAAACACUCUGCGGGAAAAGGAGGUUAUAAAGGCAGUUUUUAGGCUAGUUACGAUUUGAGUGGGAGUCAAUGGUUUUAAAGGAAAUAUGAGUAAGUUCUUCUCCUAAGAUAGGAUUAGCCUUUAGAUCACUUGAUGAGUUAGAAUUGUAAAGCAUAUAGCUAUGCUCAAAUGAUUAUAGAGUUAAUAAUUGUUUUACCAAAACUUGGCUAAGACCGUCUCAAAUUGAGACCAAGAGUGGGCCGACCCAAUUUGCAUGUUUAACAACAUCACACGUUUUCCCUUGUUUUUUCCAUUUUCAGGGCAUUUUUUAAUUUUGACCUUAAAAAUAUCAAUUUCAACUAAAGUAAUACUUAAACAUAUCAAUUAAAGUAAAAAAUUUCAAUUUGAACCUAUAAGUGAUCAAUUUUGACGUUAAACUGACCAAUUUCUACCUAAAUAUGAUUUUG